AAAUGCAUGAUUCCAGAGGCAUCCCUAAGCACCCAGUUGUCAGGCUAUGUGGUGUCUUGUGAUAUCAUCGGACCUUUUGGAUGGGUCCAACCUGCUAAUGCAAAAGUCAGCUGGGGAAAUCAUUAAAAAGGAAAUCUAAAAGAAGCUUCCAAUGCAUUGGACCACCCUAAAUGAGAAAGGAAGGAAACGUUCGGGGAAGGCUAGGGUUCCGGGAAGCUGAAGAGGGGGCGAGCGCCCCGACACCGUGGCUUCUCCUGGCGCUGCCCUAAGGGAUGGGCCUGAGGUCCUGAAAAAGCCUUUCCGAGCCCCCACUUCAGAUGUGGGGAGGGAAAAGUUCAGAAGCAGCCAGAAGGGGACAAAAACCUAAUUUUGCCACUUCAACAGGACAGGAUAUUCAAUAAGCCCUGCCAACUCUGGAAACGGGUCGAGUCUUCUGUUGGCUCCACAGAGGCUGAAGCAGCCCUCGCCGCCGCCCUCGCCGCCGCCGUCGCCGCCGCCGCCGCCGCGGCGGCCCCUGCGUUACUGGGGGAGACGGUGCCGCUGCGACAGGGGAGGACGCGGCUGGAGCUCAAGGAGGCUCCAGCGCGCAGGCGCCGCCGAGCCCUGCCUGGAUGCUCAGUCAAGGCACUAAGGCAAAAAAAAAAAUCAGCAAUUUAUAGAAAGAAGAAGCUAUAGUCUGUCGGGAUAUCCAACGCCAACAGUAGGGCUUAUUGAGAGCUCCAUUUCUGGAAAGCGUUGCAAGACUGAGGAAAAUCAGACUGCGAAUCACCGGGAACAGUUCCCUUGCAGCACAGAAGCAAUCUCUCUCCCCAUCUUCGCAUAUUCUGAUGGCAAAUCAAAUGGAAGAAAAGAGGAAGCAUGACUGCAGAUCGCAUCAGUUCUCUUUGUGGAUUACAUUUUCAGUAAAAUGUAUGGAUCUAUCUUUUCCUUGUUCUUAUAUCUAGAUCAUGACACUUGACUGAGGCUGUAUCUUUAUCCUCCAUCCAUCUAUGGCGAACUAUAGCCAUGCAGCUGACAACAUUUUGCAAAAUCUCUCUCCUCUAACAGCCUUUCUGAAACUGACUUCCUUGGGUUUCAUAAUAGGAGUCAGUGUGGUGGGCAACCUUCUGAUCUCCAUUUUGCUAGUGAAAGAUAAGACCUUGCAUAGAGCACCUUACUACUUCCUGUUGGAUCUUUGCUGUUCAGAUAUCCUCAGAUCUGCAAUUUGUUUCCCAUUUGUAUUCAACUCUGUCAAAAAUGGCUCUACCUGGACUUAUGGGACUCUGACUUGCAAAGUGAUUGCCUUUCUGGGGGUUUUGUCCUGUUUCCACACUGCUUUCAUGCUCUUCUGCAUCAGCGUCACCAGAUACUUAGCUAUCGCCCAUCACCGCUUCUAUACAAAGAGGCUGACCUUUUGGACGUGUCUGGCUGUGAUCUGCAUGGUGUGGACUCUGUCUGUGGCCAUGGCAUUCCCCCCAGUUUUAGAUGUGGGCACUUACUCAUUCAUUAGGGAGGAAGAUCAAUGUACCUUCCAACACCGCUCCUUCAGGGCUAAUGAUUCCUUAGGAUUUAUGCUGCUCCUUGCUCUCAUCCUCCUAGCCACACAGCUUGUCUACCUCAAGCUGAUAUUUUUUGUCCACGACCGAAGGAAAAUGAAGCCAGUCCAGUUUGUAGCAGCAGUCAGCCAGAACUGGACUUUUCAUGGCCCUGGCGCCAGUGGCCAGGCAGCUGCCAAUUGGCUAGCAGGAUUUGGAAGGGGUCCCACACCACCCACCUUGCUGGGCAUCCGGCAAAAUGCAAACACCACGGGCAGAAGAAGGCUCUUGGUCCUAGAUGAGUUCAAAAUGGAGAAAAGAAUCAGCAGAAUGUUCUAUAUAAUGACUUUUCUCUUCCUAACCUUGUGGGGCCCAUACCUGGUGGCCUGUUAUUGGAGAGUUUUUGCAAGAGGGCCUGUAGUACCAGGGGGAUUUCUAACAGCCGCUGUCUGGAUGAGUUUUGCCCAAGCAGGAAUCAAUCCUUUUGUCUGCAUUUUCUCCAACAGGGAGCUGAGGCGCUGUUUCAGCACAACCCUCCUUUACUGCAGAAAAUCCAGGUUACCAAGGGAACCUUACUGUGUUAUAUGAAGGAGCAUCUGGAAAUCUUUAGCCUUGUGAAACACUAACCUUCUCUGCUAAGCAAUCGUGGCCUGUAGCCAUAUCUUGAGAAGAAAAUCAAGAAUGGGAUCAGCGGUUAUAAGGAUUUGGGCAACAUUCUGCAGUCUUUGCAAUAGUUCACCUAUAAUCCUAUUUUAAAUCUCAGAGUGAUCCUGCUGACUGCCGGCGAAGGUUUGUAAUUAAGAAAGGACUGAACCACUGCCCUAAGUUUCUUUAUGUGGUUGAAAAGUAGAUAAUGAAAGUAGCAGGUGCUAAGUAUCAGUGCUAAAUGCUGUGUAUAUCACUACUUAUGAAAAAAAAAAUCAAAAAAACAAUUAGCAUUGGACAUCUUAAUAAAUUAAGUUGACAUGAGGUAAAUGUGUUGAUAAAAACUAAUUUUAGAAGUUUGAAGACUUUAAAACAUUUCAUACUAUUAUUGUUUUGCAAAGACUAAAAUAUUUGGGGACUUAAAGUACUGUAAUCCACUAAAAAUGUGCCAUGAAUUAUUGGAUUAUCACACUUUUAAAAAACUCGCCUUGUAAGUUUGGGGAGCAUUCCAAAGCAGUAUAUUGGUUCCAAUUAGAGUUUACUCUUUUUUUUUGUAUUAAUACAUUACUAUUUCUAAAUACCACUUUCCUUACCUACUAGUGAAAUUGCUAGCAUUGAACUGUAUUAUGUGGUUUUUGUUGAUUUGGUAUAAAGUUUUUCCAAUUCAUUUAUAUUUUACAAAUGCUAGAUAUUGGUCUGGGAGGCAACAUUAAUGGUACCAACUGGUCACAACUGAGCAGUUCUAAUAAUGCAGAAUAAACACAUGUUGCCUUAAAGGGUUAUCUAGUAUCUUUCAUCUUAUUUAGCAUUGGAGCAAAUAGUCAGGGGAAAUCGAUUUAGUAACUGGUCAUGGUCAUGCAUCUGGAAGUGCAUGGACGAUCAUUUAAUACUCUUUUUCCUUUUUCCUCACAUGGUUUGAAAAUUAAGGUGCACAUCACUGGGAUAAUGAGAAUUUCUUCUGAGGUGUGCUACCCAUUCUGGUGUGUUCUAAGAAGCAGGCAGUUGAUGUAUGUUUAUAUUUUAAAUCAGCUGUCAAAGGGAGACCACAGCCUUAGUAUGACAUCCUGCACAAUUUGUGAAGCAUUUAUUCUACCGAAGGCACAGUCUUGUUUAUACUUUCUGCACAUUCAGUGUAUUGGUCGUUUAAAUUAUUUCAGUUUUAACUUGUGAAAGCUUAUAAUAUGAUUUCUGGUAUUUUAGAAAUACAUUAGAGUCUGUGAGUCUCAUUCUUUAAGAUACAGAUGUGUGAAUUUCAAUAUAAAGUUGCAUUUGCCAAAAUUUACCUGUGUAGCCUGUUACUUUUCUUGGAAUAAAUUUUACAUUUUUGGCAAUUAACAAUUUCUUUUGACCUGGGAGGCAAGCACAAAGUAGGAAGACUAGCUUUAUUAUGGUUUUGCUUUUUUAUUUUUGUAGCUACUAUGUUUUGGAACUGGAAAUGCGCAAAUGAUAGGGAGCUUAAAGCUGAUAAACUGACAAUAUUAUCUACAAAAGCAUUAUUUGGUAGCUUAUCAUAAUUAUUUAUCUAUUUAUUCUUACAAACCAGUAAUGUUUAGAGAUACAUACCUGCUUAGUUGAUGGUUCAAAAUUUUAAUAUAAAUACCACAU